AUGGGGAUAAGGGGCCAGUCUAGUUCUCAUGCCGAAGUGGCGGAAGACCCGCGAAUAGAUGGGGUCAUAAGAGCGUUAGAGAAAAUUGGAAAUCUGAUGGGUAGGCAGGCUCAGGAGCGAGCUGCCACUGUUGCUCAGGCUGCUCAGGCCACUGUUACCGCCACUAAUGGGGCUAAUAAUGGGAACAAUGGUAAUAAUGGAAAUGGAAAUUGCCAGAUGCACCAACUAGUGGAGCAAUUCUUAAAGCUAAAGCCGACCAAAUUUGAAGGGAAAGGAGAUCCCGAAGCUGCCACCCAUUGGGUUGAAGAAUUAGAAAAAGCUUUUGAACUUUUGGGGUGCACGGAGGAAAAAGUGACCCUGGCUAUGUAUCAACUUCAAGGAAACGCAAGUGAUUGGUGGAAGGCCACCCGAGUGGAUCAGUACGAGACAGAAUUUGCAAGGCUGUCUAAGUUUGCACCGAGGAUGGCCGAGAAUCCUUUGGAUAAGGCAAGGAGGUUACGGGAUGGUCUAAAAUCGGAACUCCGCAGUCAAUUGAUACUUCUGAACUUGAGGGACUACAAUGUACUUAACGAGCGGGCUCAAAUGGUUGAGGGACAUAUGACAGAAAGGGCUGCCGCUUCUGGAUCGCGAUAUGCGCCGGCUAUGGACAAUCGGAACUUUGGUAAGAAACCUAUGACCGGGAAUAAGAGAUUUGUCCCUUCGAUAAGAAAGAACCUUGGAAAGCUGAACCGCUACUCUAACGCCGCAUGUCAGUCUUGUGGAAGGAGGCACAAGAAUGGCCCUUUGUCCGAGUGGACCUAG